AUGAGUGUCACUUUAACUAUUAAAUAUCCAGGAGUUGCAACUCCACAGAAUCUUAAAAAUGUAGAUUAUAGUACAACAAUUGAGAAACUUAAAAAAGUUCUUAUAAAAAUUAAUAAAUCAGAUGUUCCUUUAGAUGCAAUUAAAGUUGUUCAUAAAGGACGUAUUCUUCAAAAUGAUAAUACAGUUGGCGACUUAACAGUUGAUGAAGGACAAACAUCAACAAUUUUUGUUACAGGAAUUAAGCCUCCUGUCGCACAACCAAAGCCGGCAGCUCCACAAGAACCACAAGCUAAGCCAGUUUUACCAGAAGUUCCACCUCCACAGCCUUUACCACAGAUGCAACCUCAACCUGCUCAAAAUCCACUCCCACAAUUUCAGCAAAAUCUAUUUGCUCAACAGAACAACAAUGCCCCACGCCAAGGUAAUAUCUUUGAAAAGUAUUCAUCUCUUCUUGGCUUAGCUUUAUCAAUUAUUGUAAUAUUCGCUAUUUUCACAUUCGUAUUUUUAAGCAUUUCAAAGAAUAAUGCCGUCUCGACAGUAAUUACUCUUGUUAUUGUUGUUGCUUUCUUCGCUUAUUUGUUCAGAAACGUUAGAUGGACAAUCCCUAUGGUAUCAAAGUGUCUAAUGCACUUCUUCCUCUCAUUAACUCCAUUUUGGAAUCUUCAGCAAUUCAUGGCAGAAGAAGGAGCAAAUAGAAAUUAA